ACGUCCCCAGCUUCCUUUACAAUGCUGCGAGACCUGCAGAGAUGAUGCGAGCUUCUGGUCGAGCGGUGGUGCCCCGCGCAUCUUUAUGUCCUGUACCUUUUACCAGGCGUCCUGCGAUCGCUUCCGUGACCAAGGCGAUCAUCGCCAGCCGGAGUACUUCGUCACAUGCCUCCUUCCUCGAGACUGGUCACAUUGAUGUGAAAGACGACGAGGGUCUUUUAUUUGUAAAUAAUAUCUUCCCAUCGAAGCUACAAUGGCUGUUGCAAGGCCCGCUGAGCGGAACCCGAGCCUACGAGGUGGCAUUGCAACGGAUUAACCGACCACAUCUGGCGGCGUCAGAUCCAUUGCACAUCAUUCGUCGGGUGUUUCCACAGAGCCUGAACAUCGACAUCAGGGAAGUCAUCCCGCGCUUCAGAGAAGGCGGCGCGUUUGUGAAGUACACCCGCAAGGACGGGGUCGAGACCACGGACAUCGUGACCCUGGUUCAAGACCACCUGGAACAAAAUCCGAUCAGACCCUGGUUCAACCCGUUCCAGCAGGUCAAGGUUGCCCAUGUGCAUGGUCGGCCAUGGAUCGAAGACCUGUAUCGCAUCCCAAGUCAGCGGUUGCGCGUGGAGUUCCUGCCGGGCUCUGCGGAUGGAACCGCGACGGAUUUAAGCACGGAGACUUUGUAUUCGUUCUUUAGAAGAUACGGAAAGUUGAGAGACAUCGAGAGGCAGCCAUCCGAUUCCAAGAUCACGCCGCGAUAUGCGUUUGUGGCAUUCUCGCGACCCAAGUACGCAGUCAUGGCCAAGAACUGCAUGCACGGAUUCACCAUCCCAGAGGAGGAGGGCGGUGGCAAGUCCGGCACGAGAGUCAAGAUCAAGUACGAGCGGAACAUCAAGUUGUCGGUCAUCAAGGACUGGAUCCUGAACCACCCGAGGAUCGUGAUCCCUGCCAUUGCCGCCCUCAUCGCGGCCAUCACCGUGACAGUGUUCGACCCGAUCCGCACCUUUUUCAUCGAGAUGAAGAUCAAGGCAACUCUGCAGACCGAAGAGAACAGUAUCCUCAAAUGGAUCCGGAAUCAGGCUAAUAAAGCUAAUAUCAUCUAUUUCGGGCACCGUAAGACAGAUCCCCGCCGCCUCACAGCGAUCUGGGAGGAUCGCCAGGGAGACAUCAAGCAGCUGCAAUCCUGGUUGAUGGAGAAUGCCGAGACGUUCAUCGUCAUCCACGGGCCUCGUGGCACGGGAAAGCGGGAGCUGGUGCUGGACCGGGCCCUCGAGAAUUACAAGUACAAGGUCGUCAUCGACUGUAAGCAGAUUCAGGACGCCAAGGGCGACACCGCAAAGAUUGCACGUGCUGCCAGCCAGGUCGGGUACCGGCCGGUGUUCUCAUGGAUGAACAGCAUAAGCAGCUUCAUCGACCUGGCCGCGCAGGGCAUGAUUGGCACCAAGGCCGGGUUUUCCGAAACCCUGGAUGCGCAGCUCAGCAAGAUCUGGCAGAAUACCGCCACGGCUCUGAAGAGGGUCGCACUGGCCAACCGGAAGAAGGAUGACAAGGAGGCGCAUCUCUCCGACGAAGAAUAUCUUGAGGCUCACCCGGAGCAGCGCCCCGUCGUGGUGAUUGACAACUUCCUGCAUAAUGCUUCGGAGAGCAGCGUGGUGUACGACAAGAUCACGGAAUGGGCCGCAGGCUUGACCAGCGGGAAUAUCGCUCAUGUGGUCUUUCUCACUACCGAUGUUUCCUUCUCCAAACCCCUGAGCAAAGCUUUGCCGAAUUCCGUGUUCCGGACUAUUUCUUUGGGCGACUGCUCCCUUGAAGUGGGGAGAAAGUUUGUGCUCAGCCAUCUUGAGUAUGAGGCGAAGGAUGGGGACAAGCAGGUUCAAAGCAUGGAGGAACUGGGAGGCCUAGAUAGUCUGGACAGCUGCAUUGAGGUGCUGGGAGGCCGAGUGACCGAUCUGGAAUUCAUGGCACGGCGAAUCGAAGCCGGCGAAACGCCUCGAGCGGCUGUCAAUCGCAUCAUCGAGCAGUCGGCCUCGGAGAUCCUGAAGAUGUUCGUCUUGAACCCUGACAUCGAUUCCAAGCAAUGGAGCCACGAACAGGCAUGGCAUCUGAUCAAGACGCUGGCUCACUCCAAGGAUGGUACCCUGCCAUACAACCAAGUCCUGCUCUCCGACCUCUUCAAGGAGAACGGCGAGGCCACCCUUCGCGCUCUGGAGCAGGCCGAGCUGAUCUCCAUCGGUUCCGUCCACGGCUGUCCGGACGCGGUUAAGCCCGGCAAGCCUGUCUAUCGGGCGGUGUUCAAGCGGUUGACGGAGAACAAGACCCUGAGCAGCCGUCUGGACCUAGACAUCUUCAAGCAACUGCUGAGCAGUGAGAACAAGAGUAUCGGGAAAUACGAGCAGGAGCUGCAAUUGCUGGGGUCUCUGCCCAAGCAGCCCCGCGAGCUCAGCGCACGGAUUCAGUGGCUCUUACACAAGGUGGCCAGCUCGCAGAACAAGCAGUAUGCAUUUCUAGUGCCAGGGGACCUCCUCCGGCUGGUCCGCGAUGGUCUCGCGCGCAUCGGAUGGCCAGCCUUAGUGGCCAUCCUAGUCUCAAUCUGCGUCCUCACUCGCCUGAUCACUGGAUUCCAGAGCCGUCUACGCGGCAGCCCCGAGGCGGGUCAUCCCCGCCCCGUGCGGACAGUGCCGUACUGGCUCCCCUGGCUGGGCCAUGGCCCGGCCUUUGCUUGGGACCAUGUCAGUCUCAUCCAGAAAUCCAGGUGCUCCAUGAAGGAGCCCGUCUUUGGCAUCUACAUGGGUGGCACCAAACACCACGUCGUCGUGUCCCCAUCCAUGGUUAACGCGGUGUUCACCGCGCGAGGGACCUCCUCGACGGACUUGAUCAACUAUGCCUUGGAGAAGAUCUUUGGAGACCGGGGGGUGAUCCGGAACUUGAACCCUGUAGAUCAUCAUGCGCUCAACCAUAAUGUCCCCAAUCUGCUCAUGCGCGAGCCUUUUCUCACGGAAGGCACCAAGACUGCCACCCGCCUGAUCGAGCGGGAGAUCCCCAACCUGGUGACCAACUGUCGAAGCAUCGUGGACCAGACGCUGUGGGAACGGGGAAGCCAGACCGUGGUGAUCGACGGAGAAGACUCGCUGUCCUGCGAGGCGAACCUCUUCGCACUCAUCCGGAGAUUCGUGGGCCACGUCACCACGGCCAUUUUCAUGGGGGAAGCCCUUCUGGAGGCGUUCCCGACUCUGCUGGAGGACGUCUUCGCGCUGGACAACCAGUUUGUUGCGUUGUCCAUGGGGGUCCCUCGGUUGGUCCACCCCGGGGUCUCUGCAGCCCAUGCGGCACGGACCCGGCUUCUCGACGCCCUGACCGCGUAUCACCGGGCCUUUGUGGCUUGGGAUGAUGGGAUUGACCCUGGACUCACCUUUCGGGAUCUGGAUGAUAUCUCGGAGCCCCAGAAGGAGCGGAUUCGGAAGUGCAAAGAACUAGGGCUCUCCGCCAGGGCUAGCGCGCCUACACAUCUUUCCUUGCUCUGGGCUAUGAAUGGAAACUCCCCCAAUGUUGUUUUCUGGCAUCUUCUUCGUCUCUAUGCCAGUCCCUCGCUCCUGGAAGAGAUUCGGAAGGAGGUAGCUCCCUAUGUGACCAUAUCCCGGGAGGAGACGGGCUUUGCUUUCCAGGAAGCUCCCAAACUGUCCAUCAAUACCGAAGCGCUGGUCAAGUCCUGCCCAUUGUUGAAGGCAAGCUUCUACGAAACCCUACGUUUGGACUCGGCGCCGCUGUCAUUCCGGGGUGUCACGUCCGAUCUCACCAUCACGGAAUCCGACGAAGAUGCCGCUGCCGCCGGAGUCGCACAGCCUCGCUCAUAUGCAAUCAAGAAGGGCGGUAGUGUUGCGAUUCCUCAUGCUGUUCUCCAUACCGACCCCCGGUAUUUCUCGAAGCCUGGCGACUUCGAUCCGCUGAGGUUUAUUACGACUGACCCCGAAACGGGGGCGAGGAAAGUGAACGUGCACACUAUCAAGCCCUUUGGCGGUGGCGUGUCUGGAUGCAAGGGCCGCGCCUUUGCAGAGCGGAAGCUCCUCGCGUUCACUGCGGCCAUCCUCACCAUGUGGGAUAUCGAACCCGCGCAAGACGGAGGCUUUACGAUCCCCGAGCACCGGCCAUCGGGAGCCGCUUUCCUGCCCAAGAAGGAUAUCAGGGUGCGGUUGAGACAGCAUGCGUAA